UUAACGUCAAUUAUAUUUUGUUGAUGUCAUUAUCAAGUGAAUUGAGUUGCAAUUUGUAAUCAAUCUAUUUAUUUACCGUGUUAACACGUACUCUGAGUACACAACAACUAUCGUCAACAUCAGCAAUAGCGUCAGCUAACACCAGAAAGUUCCAACAAACAGUUCCAUUGUAUUCUGUACAAAGUCAACGUAAAAUGGGUCGCCUGGGUAAAAUUGAUCCAAGUUCAUUCUCUCAACCUGAAUUGAUAACCACAAAACACAGUGUCUUGACCUGGAAGGUCGAUUUUGAAAACACCAAGUUGAAGGGAACCGUUACUCAUCGUUUCAAUGUUUUAGAAAAGGAUCUGUCUUCAAUUCUGUUGGAUGUUCGUGAUGUUAAAAUUUUAAAUGCUGAAAUUGUUUCCGGAAAUUCUUCAAUUCCAUUGAAUCAUUUUAUUAGUGAUUCUGUUGAUGAUAUUGGUGCUAAACUUACGUUGGAAUUGCCACAGGGUACCGCUUCUGGAGAUUUAUUUGUACGCAUCGAUUAUGAAACCGCCAGCAAUGCCAGUGGUCUCCAGUGGUUGAAUCCUGAACAAACAUUAGGCAAGCAACAUCCCUAUAUGUUCAGCCAGUGCCAAGCCAUUCACGCCCGUUCAAUUAUGCCUUGUCAAGACACGCCAGCUGUAAAAUUCACAUACGAAGCAACCGUAGAGCAUCCCAAGGAAUUGACUGCUCUUAUGAGUGCUUUAGUUGCGAAGAAAGAUGAUGGUGUAACCACGUUUAAACAGGAGGUACCAAUACCAGCUUAUCUUUUGGCCAUUGCCAUUGGUAAAUUGGUUUCGAAACCUUUGGGUCCCAACUCCAAUGUGUGGGCAGAGCAAGGCAUAAUUGAUGCUUGUGCUGAAGAGUUUUCACAGACAUCGGAAAUGCUUAAAACUGCUUCUGAUAUUUGUGGUCCGUAUGUGUGGAAGCAGUAUGAUCUAUUGGUCAUGCCACCUUCGUUCCCAUUCGGCGGUAUGGAGAAUCCUUGUUUAACUUUUGUUACCCCUACAUUGUUGGCUGGCGACAAGUCGUUGGCUGAUGUGGUGGCUCAUGAAAUUGCUCACAGCUGGACUGGCAAUUUGGUGACUAAUAAAAACUUUGAGCACUUCUGGUUAAACGAAGGUUUUACAGUUUUCGUCGAGACAAAAAUUGUUGGACGUAUGCAAGGUUUGAAGGAGCGUGAUUUCCAUAUGAUACGCAACUUGACAGAUCUACAGGAGUGUCUUCGUACUCAACUGGCAAACAGUCCUGAAUUGACAAAACUUGUAGUAGAUUUGUCCAAUUGUGGUCCUGAUGAUGCCUUUUCGAGUGUACCUUACAUUAAGGGUUCAACCUUCUUACGUUACAUUGAGGACUUGUUUGGAGGACCAGAAAUAUUUGAGCCCUUCUUGCGUUCGUAUUUAAAGAAAUUUUCUUAUAAAUCUGUUGUAACCGAUGAUUUCAAAUCGGCCUUGUACGAUUAUUUCAUUGAGACCGACAAAAAGGAUAAACUUAAUGAAAUUGAUUGGGACCUUUGGUUAACCUGCGAGGGCAUGCCACCAAUUAUACCCAAAUUCGAUGAGACCUUGGCUAAUGUUUCCAAGCAAUUGGCUUCAUUAUGGAGUACCAAAACUACUGAUGAAUUGGCCAAUAAUGCUGAUGCUAAACAAACUAUUUCAACUCAUCAACUAAUUGAUUUCUUGGGAAAAUUAAUUGAGUGCAAAGAUAUCAAAGAUUUGUCUGAAAAGAAGAUUGAAUUGUUGGAAUCCACAUAUAAUUUGAAAAACACUCAAAAUGCUGAAGUUCGCUUCCGUGUAAUGCGUUUGUGUAUUAUGGCCAAAUUAAUGAAUCGUUUGGAUGAGGUUAUUGCUUUUGCCAACUCAAACUUCCGCAUGAAAUUCUGCCGCCCAAUUUAUCGUGAUUUGGCUCAAUGGCCUGAAGCCAAACCUAAGGCUGUUGAAAACUUUGAACGCAUUAAGGAUCAAAUGAUGGCUGUUUGUUCUCAUACAAUUGAAAAAGAUUUAGGAUUGAAAUAAUUCCUUCGAUGUUCUCAAUUUAAAUGGCAUUUUACUAAAUAAUAUAAAGUUUUGCUAAACAAAUUUUUGAUUUGUAUUUAAGUUUUAAUAAAUGUAUGUUUCUUUUAUAAAAAGAAUAAAAAUAAACAAUUUUUACUUACAAGAAAUACAUUCUAA